GAGAUGAAGAUCCUUGUGCGUUUCUUGGGCGACAUGGACGCAAUUACAUAUUUCUUGGAUAUCUUGACAAUUUAUAUUUGCUUUCGAUGCUAUCAUACUGACAUACCCUUCUCAUCGAUACUUGCUUUGCUUCUGUUACCCGUCGUACAUACUUCACAUCGUACUAUAAUAGUAUCACCGUUGUUUCUAUGCAGAAAGAAAUUCAAUUCUGUGGAAAGAGAAAAAAAGGGAAAUUCAAAGGCGCCAUAUACUACUCGAGUACUCAGUUGACUGAUACUCUCUAGUUCGUCUUUAUCAUACAUAGUCUCGCUUCACCGAUGUUCAGCGGUGUUGUUCAACCCGGGAUUGUCUCUCUAUUC